GAGGCCAAGCGGCGCGGCUCUACUGCAUGCAGGAACAGUAACCUACCCCUGUAGUUCAACACCAUGCCCUCCGACCUGGCCAAGAAGAAGGCAGCUAAAAAAAAAGAAGCUGCCAAAGCUCGACAGUGGCCCAAAAAGGGGCAUGAAGAAAACAGAGAAGCCAUCACAGAACUACAGGUGGCAGAAGAGAAGAAGGAGGCCAAUGGCAGAGACACCACAGAAGUGGAUUUGCUGACCAAGGAGCUAGAGGACUUUGAGAUGAAGAAAGCUACUGCUCCAGCUGUCACUGGCAUCCUGGCUUUUCAUCCCAAUAGUACCGACGUCCACAUCAUCAGCCUCUCACUCACCUUCCAUGGUCAGGAGCUGCUCAGCAACACCAAACUGGAACUAAAUUCUGGCCGUUAUUAUGGCCUCAUUGGCUUAAAUGGAAUCGGGAAGCAUGAAGUGGCCAUCCCUGAGCACAUCCACAUCUACCAUCUGACCUGUGAGAUGCCCCCUAGUGACAAGACCCCCUUGCAGUGUGUGAUGGAAGUGGACACAGAGCAUGCCAUGCUUGAGAGGGAGGCUGAGCGGCUGGCUCACAAGAACGCGGAGUGUGAGAAGCUCAUGGAACUAUACGAGCGCCUGGAGGAGCUGGAUACCGACAAGGCAGAGAUGAGGGCCUUACCGAUUUGGCAUGGACUUGGUUUCACACCUGCUAUGCAGCACAAGUAGGUAAAAGACUUCAGUAGGGGCUGGAGGAUAAGGGUUGCCUUAGCCAGAGCCCUCUUCAUCCGGCCAUUCAUGCUGUUUCUGGACAAACCCACCAACCACUUGGACCUAGAUGCUUGUGUGUGGUUGGAAGAAGAACUAAAGACUUUUAAGCAUAUCCUGGUCCUCGUGUCACAUUCUCAGGAUUUCUUGAAUGGUGUCUGCACCAAUAUCAUCCAUAUGCACAACAAGAAACUCGAGUAUUAUAGGGGUAAUUAUGAUCAGUAUGUGAAGACACGGCUGGAGCUGGAGGAAAACCAGAUGAAGAAGUUUCACUGGAAGCAAGACCAGAUUGCACAUAUGAAGAACUACAUUGCUAGAUUUGAUCAUGGGUCCACCAAGUUGGCCAGGCAGGCCCAGAGCAAAUAA